AUCGACACAAACACAGUGAACACAAACCUCCAACUGUCUGACAACAACAGGAAGGUGACACAUGUGGAGGAGGUUCAGUCAUAUCCUGAUCAUCCAGACAGAUUUGAUGUUCUUCCUCAGCUGCUGUGUAGAAAUGGUCUGACUGGUCGCUGUUACUGGGAGGUCGAGUGGAGAGGAAGCGUUUAUAUAUCAGUGAGUUACAGAAGCAUCAGAAGGAAAGGAGGCAGUGAAGACUGUGUGUUUGGAUACAAUGAUCAGUCCUGGAGUCUAUACUGUGAUGAUAGAUUUGGUUCCCUGAUAUUUUCUGUCUGUCACAAUAAGAGAGAAACCUCCAUCUCCUUUUCCUCCUCCUCCUCCUCCUCCUCUGUCUCUAACAGAGCAGCAGUGUAUGUGGACUGUCCUGCUGGCACUCUGUCCUUCUACAGAGUCUCCUCUGACACUCUGAUCCACCUCCACACCUUCAACACCACAUUCACUGAACCUCUUUAUCCUGGAUGUAGGUUUAGGUCUUGUGGUGCCUCAGUGUCCCUGUGCUAGGUGUAAAGAGUGUCUCCUGUUAGAGAAACACUGACUGUUGAACAGAUAGUUCAGUCUGUACAUGUCUGUCUCUUUCACUCACAGAAACGUUUUCUCCCAUUA